AUGUCGACGUCGGUGAAAGCCCCUUCGCAAUAUAAGCAGCCAUCCCGUAAGGGUAAGAAGGCCUGGCGCAAGAAUGUCGAUGUUACAGAGGUGCAGGAGGGUCUCCGCCAAUUGAAGGACGAUGAAAUCAAAGGUGGUGUUCUCGCAGAGAAGGCCGCAGAAGACCUUUUCACCCUCGAUAAGACCGGGGAUCUGCAAGUUCGACAGACUAUCGCGAAGAAAAGUAAGCCUCUCAGGGCCGACCAGAUUAUUGCACAGCGGUCUGCCAUUCCUGCGCUGGAUGGUCGCAAGCGUGGCAACCCCAACGUUACGGAUGGUGUGAUCGAGCCUACGAACAAGAAGCACAAAAAAGACUGGGUCAGCCGAAAGGAUUACCUGCGCUUAAAGCAGGUCGCCAAAGAGGCCAACCCGAUCAAUAAGAAGGGCAGCGACGAGAUCUACGACCCAUGGGCGGAAGACGCCGAAGAGCCCACUGUUUAUGAUGAUCCUCAAUUCGACUUCCUUCAGAAGCCAAAGCCCAAGGUCGCUCCGGAGACCUUGAAGCACGCGCCCAUCUCACUUGCUGCCAACGGCAAGCCUAUUCCCGCUGUCCGCACGCCUCAUGCCGGUACGAGUUACAACCCUGUGUUCGAAGAUUGGGACAAACUGCUGCAGGAGCACGGAGAAAAGGCCGUUGAGGCUGAGAAGCAACGUCUGGAGGAGGAAAAGAAAGAGGAAGAAAGACAGCGGUUGAUUGCCGAGGCUCAAAACGAUGACGGUGAAGUCAAAUCCGACGAUGAGAGUGCCUGGGAGGGCUUCGAGAGUGAAUACGAAAAGCCUGAAUGGUUGAACAAGAAGCGACCCGAGCGAAAGACCAAGACUCAGCGCAACAAGAUCAAGCGCCGCAAGGAGGCUGAGAGGCAAGCGAAGUGGGAGGAGCAGCAGGCCAAGAAAGAAGCACAAAUUGGCCGAGUCCAGGAGCUUUUGGAACUUGCCAAGCAGAAAGAGGACAGUGCCAAUCAGUCUGAUGCCGAUGACUCGGAGGGAGAGGGUGAUGAUAUGGCCCUGCGACGGAAGCCCUUCGGUGGCAAGCUUGCGCCCCCAGAGAAGCCAUUGGAGUUGGUUCUUCCAGACGAAUUGCAGGAUUCUCUUCGUCUACUCAAGCCUGAGGGCAAUCUCUUGGAUGAUCGAUUCCGCACGCUCAUUGUCCAGGGUAAGCUGGAGUCCCGCAAGCCAGUGACGCAGGCCCGCAAAGCCAAGAAAAAAAUUACGGAGAAGUGGAUGUCCAAGGAUUUCAAGGUUCCCGGGUUCUAA